AUGAAUGCUGACAUGGAUGCAGUUGAUGCUGAAAAUCAAGUGGAACUGGAGGAAAAAACACGACUUAUUAAUCAAGUGUUGGAACUCCAACACACACUUGAAGAUCUGUCUGCAAGAGUAGAUGCAGUUAAGGAAGAAAAUCUGAAGCUAAAAUCAGAAAACCAAGUUCUCGGACAAUAUAUAGAAAAUCUCAUGUCAGCUUCUAGUGUUUUUCAAACAACGGACACAAAAACCAAAAGAAAAUAA